AUGCUACCGCCGCUUGCGGUUCCAACACUUCGCUCACUUCUUCCAUUUGGCCCUACCUCAUUAAUCCAAUUUCCACCGCUCCCAGCAAGAUUGUCACUAGCUGGUAUCGGAAAUUUUGGGGUUAAACUACUUACCGCCCCAUUUGCAGUGCUGUAUAUGUAUGUUUAUCUUCGGCCUAUAAUAGAGUCCAGAAUUUACCGUAUCAUACGACGGAAACUCCCCAAACCAGACCAUCCAGAUAUCCUGUCUCUUCGUGUCGCAGCGGAAAGUGGCCUUAUUGAGUGGACAGCUCCAUCGUUCGGAAGGCGGUCUGAUGAGGAAUAUCGUCGUAGCGACCUUACAAUUGGUGAGGAAUUCAAAUAUGAAUUACGCCUCUUCAGAAAUUGGAUUUUGGGCAUUUUUGGUUUGCAAGUCGAAAGGCCGUCUGAUACAGGGGAUAGAGGACGAUUGACACCCCAUUCUCUCCAGAAUAGACUCGAACAACUUAGCCGUGAUUUCAAUACGAGCACGGCUCCUCUCCGAGAAGAAAUAAUCCAACACGGCGAAGUCUUAGUGAACUCAGUGCAAGCCCGGGGUGAACAGCUUUUAAGCGGUCAGAUCGAAGGAGCUCGGCCAAGAUCCCCGACACCGGAUGCCGCAGCGCAAGAGCAAUUUGGCACGAACCAGAUCUUAUCCGGUGAUGGGCAACGUAUGUCACAAUCACCCUUCCAGCUUGCAGAAGACUACUUCGACCAGGACGAUCCAUCUCAAGGUAGGCCAGGAGUGGAAGAAGCGUUCAGGAUGGACCCUUCUGUAUCACCCCAAGAGCCCAAUGACCAAGGCCUUGAAGUAUCCCAUCGCCAUCACUUCCAUUCACGUUCCAAUACUUUAUUCUCCCAUCCCUCAACCCCAGAAUCGUCCCCUCUGGCCUCACCCCGUGUCAGAGCAUCACUGGUGCAUCAAAACUCUGACGUAAUAACCAUGCAACUCGAACUUCUACGGAGCAAUCACAACUCCCCGUCCCACGCCCGAACAAAUUACGACAAUGAUUCUAUGAUAGCUGGCUCUGAGACAACAACAGGACUCACCCCGAGCGAAGUUGAUCGUAUAGUAUCCGAAAGUCUAGACGCGCUUCAAUUAGGCCGUGAUCCAGCCCGAUCUGACAGCCUUCACCUCCCCGAUCAACCAUGGGAUCAAAGCAUGGUCCUACAACAACAAGCAGCUUUAGUAGAACUCAGCUCCGCAAUCAAUCCAGCGAGCUUGGAAAACCACGAACAAGAACCAUCCGCGCGCCCUACUACCCCUACCGCCCCCCAAGAACCUCCAGGCACCCUCGAGCCACUCCUAGAAAUCCCCGAAUCACCCUCCGCCAGGACCCACCGUGCCGAACCCACCGCGGCCCUCGUAAAUGAAGAAAACCGGAAUACCUCACAGCCUCCCCCCGCACAGUCAGCAUGCCGUUCCCGCCCCGGACGUCCCGUUUUCCCUGACCACCGUGUAACAAUCCUUUCCUCACUCCCCGUCGACUCCCUUUCCUCCCACCUUGCUUCCCUCCUAACCUCUGCGUUCUUCUACCCUCUUGAAUCCAUGUACCUACGCAACUUCGCAACGCAGUUUUUGACGACUCCGUCAUUGCUUGCGCCGCUACCCCUCAGUGCUAGUGCUACUAGUGCAAUGACGCUAGGUUUGAGGAGUGAUGUGCGGGAUAUAUUUGGGUGGUGUGGAGGAGGAUCGAGAAGUGAUAUGCUCGCAUAUUUGGCAAAGAUGGGCCUUGUAGUGGGCAUGGAGGCGUUGGUCAGUGUGGCGGUAUGGGGUAUGGGAACUGCAGUGACGGUUAUGCUUGGGACAAGGAAGUUUGGGUGGGGGAAUCUGUAG